UUAAAUCCUUCGCUGUGAUGACUUGCUCUUCCAGGUGUUUCCAUUCUUUAGGAGAUCACUCCUCCCUCUUCCCCUUACCCCCAGUUAGAAAUGGCUGGUGGAGGAGGGGAAGAUUCCGGCUAAAGUAGGACAAGUGGAAUGUCGGUGGAGAGCGGGAAGCGUUUACUGGCCUCAGGUGGGCUGUAGGUGGCAGCAUCCGCAUCAGCAUCAUCAGUCGAAGGGGAUAAAGCCCGGGUCUCAGAGCUGAAGGGGCAGCCGAGGCGGCAGGUUUGCAUUGUCAGGUCCUGCCGCCGACCAGAGCACGGAAUGCAGAUGGCUCUAGCGGCGCUCGUCACCUUGAGCCGUAUCCUCGUGGCUGCUUGCUUCCUUCUCGUGUCCCAAGCCAGGUCACCAGCAGAUGCCACUGGAAGCGUCCGGGUCUUUGGACUGAAUGAGACACAAGUGAUGCAAAGUGUGACCUUCUCUCUGCAUAUCACUGGGAGUUUUCCUCUGACUUUGUGCUGGCUCAUCAAGCCAGACUGUGUCCUACUAGAAGGAAAUGAGUGCCACCUGGUGGUGGUAAAUGGAACCUCUUACAACGUGAACCACACCUUCAAGGACCCAGGAGAGUACUGUCUCAGCAUCAAGGUGCAGAAUAGCAUCAGCUAUCUGUAUCAGUAUCACCUGAUUAAAGUGUGGCCCAUUGGAAUCCACCCAGCUCUCUUUGCUUUGCCCUGUGUCUUACUCAUCUCAGGAAUGUUGAGUUUCAUCAUUUACGUGACCUACUGGAAUGGUGGCCAGCAGAAGGACCUGGUGGAGGUGGCCGAUUUCGACUUUUCCCCUAUGUCUGACAAGAGCCAGGCUGAUUCAGAGCCUAAGAAAUGCAGUCUGAUGCUGUGCUUCACUUACUGCUUCCUCUGCCUUCCUUCACAUCAUCAGAAGGUCAUCAGAGAGUCUCAUGGACUGCUGCAUCCUUUCUAUAAGCCGGUCAAAAGCUAUUCGGUGUGAACAAGGAACCUAGCUUGUCCAUUUAAGUUUUAAGUGUCUGCCGACUUCAAGACUUGGAUAGUGUUCAGAGUAUCUGCUGCCAUAUAUUUUUGCAGAGCAGUUUGAAAUUUUAAAAACUUGAUGCAGUCCAGUAACAUAGAACUUUCCCUUAUUAUGCUGUGCAGUGGGAACAGAAAACAUGUCUGAUUGGCUGGAAGUUUUGAUAUUCACUCAGAAGGGUGUGGUGCAGUUGCUCUCUGUGUUGGGCCUUUUGUCCCUGGGGCUCUCUAGGUGCACAAGUUUAAUCUGUUUGGAAUUCACCCACCAGUGACUGACCAGUUACUGACCAUUUAAAAAAAAAUGUGGGGGUGGCUAGGUGGCACAGUGGAUAAAGCACCGGCCCUGGAUUCAGGAGUUCCUGAGUUCAAAUCCGGCCUCAGACACUUGACACUUACUGGCUAUGUGACCCUGGGCAAGUCACUUAACCCCCAUUGCCCUGAAAAAAAAAAGAAAAAAACAAAAAAAAAAUGUGAGGACUAAGACUAAUUAAAAAAAAACAAUGCACCUUCUAAUCCUCCCUCUGGCAGUUCAUGUACACUUGCUUUCGGGGUAUGGACCCCAUAGUUUCACUGGUACAGGGAAUUCCCAGCAGAGAAAAUUCCUUUGAUCAAUUUAAGUCAGCACCUUCUCUGUAAUUUACAAUCUUAGAUAGCUGCUUUGAGCAAUGAGAGACUAAGUGACUUGCUCUGGGUCACAAGUGAGAUUUGAAACUGGGUCUUCCUGCAUCAAGGGUAGCUCUCUAUCCAUCCUGCCAAGCUGCUUCCUAUAGAGUUGCCUUACAGGGCAUACUAGUGGCUAUUCUAACCCUGGCUUGUACUAUAACUAAAAUGGAAAGAAGUCAGGCUUUGCCACAGCAUUAAGAGGCCACACCCACCCGACUUCUCAAUGCGCCUUGCAUCUUUUCGCUUCUGAGCUAACCUGUUCCCAGAAACUUCUCAGCCAUGCCAGGGAUAUCCAUCUGCAUUUUCAGGAAGAAUUAGUUGCAGCAAACAGGUUGUGUGGCACCUUCUCUUUACUUGAAGUUCUCCCACCCAUAGGUGGGCGAUGCUGUUUCCAGGCAAAUGUGAAAGCUAAGGUCUAGGUCAUGGGCCCUUGGCAGUGAAAUGUCAGGAAGGACUAUUUGUGCUGCGACUCUGGCCAGCUUGAAUCUCAUUCAAUACUGCAAAAGCCAUCGCCCGGGUGGAAACCCCCCCCCCCCCCCCCCGCCAAAAAAAAAAAAAAAAAGGAAUACUCCACACCUCUGCCAUUUGCCUCAGUGACUCGGGACUCUGGAAGAAGGCAUGAAAAAUCCAGACAAAGGGAACUGAAACCAGUUUAGGAUAGAGGCCUGAGACUUGUAGAAGGAAGCUUGUUGGCAGAAGGCCCUGCUCUCUUCCCUUUGCAGGUCAGUGACCUGGAAAAGGAAUGUACGGCAGGGUGGCGCAUUCACUGAUUCGGAGCCAAGAGGAGAAAGCAAUUAAGGACUGCCGCUGAUCACAGGAGAAGUCCAUAAGUCACCGGAGCAGCCGAGCGAGGCAAAUGUUGGGGGAAUGAGACUAGGGACUGGGAGACAUUACCGGGAGAUAUUGCUGCUGUAAUUGCAUCCUACCAGACAUCGGCAAAGCGGCGUUAAUACUGUCACGCGGUUCAUUAUCAAGAAAUACUGGUACUACUGCCCAAAUAAAGCUCCUCCGCUCUGAGGCUAGCCAGGUGUAUAAAACAUGCCUCUCUCCCUCUCUCUCUCUCUCUUUUUUAUUCCUGCGUCUUGCUUCUUCAUCCAUCCAUUAUUAUGCAAAGGUUGUAUAUCGGGGGUUCUGCUCUCGGAGUGGAAGCAUACUCAAUUAAUUCCACUUUGGUACAAGAUAUUGGUGGCUCAGUGGAUAGAUAGGGCACUGGAACCUGGAGUUAGGGAGACCCGAAGUCAGAUCUAGCCUCAGACACACUCCCUGGGUGACUCUUGGCAAGUCACUUGAUCGCCGUCUGCCUCAGUUUCCUAAAUGUGUAAAAUGGAGAUAAUAACACCUCCCAGGGUUGUUGUGAAGAUCAACUGGGGUAAUAGUUGCAAAGCUCUUAGCACAUUGCC